AUGUAAAUAAAUGGCCGUUUAACUUCAGGUGAUAAAUACCCUGAAGUCAAUUUAGAAAAAGAAGCGGCUGAAAUGGCAUCUAGAAUUGUAGAGAAAGUUCGUUAAAAAUCAAAUGUCAAAUCUGCUUAAAGACUAUUGGUGAAAGAUUAAAAUUUUAGAUCAAGUGAUUAUAAACCUAGACCAUCAGAAAUUUAAUCAUGUAAAAUUGGAACCACUUCUAUAACUGAUCGUUAUGAACUCAAUUUUGAACCAAAUUUCAAUUAAAUCAACUCCCUAUAGAAUUGUUUUGCAUCUAACAAUAACUUUAUUGAAACUAUCAAAACACCUUAAAAAUCAUAGUUUAAAUCUACAUCUACAGAUAUGCAAGACAUCUAUCAAAAAACUGUUAAAUUUAAAAAUAACAAUUAUUAUAUUCCUGAACAUUAAUCAUAAUCUACUACUGAUAAACUAGAUAGCACUAAAUUAAUUAAACUUACGUAUAAAAUUAUUUUAUUUAUUAUAGUGAUAAUGUAAACAGUUUAAUAAAUAAGAAAUCUGAUCAAUUAUCAAAACAUAGGAGAAUAGAGAGUAAUAUACAAUUUUAAUCAAAAUUUAAUGUAAAUCCUCACUAAUUAUAAACUCCUAUUAAGUCCAAUAAAUAAGACAUAGUUUCAUAAUUAUUAGGUAGUUUGCGAAACCAAAAUAAAUAUUCUGAAUAUAAAAACUCAGUUUAAAAAUGA